AUGGAAAAUAACGAUAACGUCACUAAUGUUCCAAUUUUAAUAAAUCAAUAUUUAGCAUCAGUUGGUAAUGAUGAAGAAGCAUCAAAAAAUUAUAUUCAAAAUCUAUCAGAAUUAUUUACUAUAAAGAAAUUAACGUUAUUACAAUUAAUUCAAAAUCUAGGAUCAUCAUUAACUUCAGAUAAUGAUUUAAUUAGAUCGAAAUCUAUACAAUUAUUAAGUGAGUUCAUUUCUCAAGUUAAAUUAUCAAGACAGGAUAUUAAUGUAAUGAUUGAUUUUUUAUUAAAUAAAUUAAAUGAUAAAUUAAGUUUAAUAUAUUCAUUAAAAGGUUUAAAUCUGUUAAUUUUACAAUCAAAUUAUUUAAAUUCAAAUAAUGAAAAAAUUUUAUCAUCCUUAGUAAAUAAUUAUGAUCCAAAAAAAAAUUUAGCCAAGGUUAGGUAUGAAACUUUUCAAAUUUUAAUCAAUAUAAAUGAUAUAAAUGAACUAUUCAUCAAGGCUUUUAUUCAUAUUGCAUCUGGUGAAAAAGACCCUAGAAAUUUAUUGUUGUCCUUCAAAUUAAAUAAUUUAAUAAAUGAUAAUUUUAAAUUUAAUCCAACUGAUAAAGAACAUGAACACUUCAUAGAAGAAUUAUUUGAUAUCUGUUUUUGUUAUUUCCCCAUAAGUUUCUCACCACCGGCAAAUGAUCCUUACAAGAUAACUUCAGAAGAAUUAAAACUUAGUUUAAGAAAAGUUAUAGGAUCUCAAUCAUUAUUUGCAAAUGAAUCAUUUCCAAAUUUAAUUGAAAAAUUAGCUUCAACAAACCCUGUAAUUAGAAAUGAUACACUAAAGACUAUAUUGAUUUGUGUGGAAAAUUAUAAUAAUAAAGUAUUAGAGGAGCAUUGGUUAUCAUUAUGGAAUGCAUUGAAAUUUGAAAUUUUACAUAAUGAUGUUGCAAUUUUUAAUCCAAUUAGCUCAAUAAUUCCAAUAGAUUAUGAAUAUAUUGAUGAUAAUGACGAAAAUAAAAUUUUAUUUUUAACUUUAAUAAUAUUACAAAAGAUAUUAGAAAAAUUACCAAACCAAGAAAAGAUGUUAAAUUUGGUGGUUGAAGAAUUAAACAUAAAAGAGAAACCAAAACAAUCAAUAAUUAUCUUAUCCGUUUUGGGUGGUACAUCAGUUGAAAAUUACAAUUUUCUCAUUGAAUAUGCAUUUAAACAAAAAUGGGGCAAAUAUUUGAAUAUUGAAAAUGUGUUGGUUGAAGAAAAUGAAGACAAAAAUGAGGAUUUUGCACUUAAUGUUCAAAAACAAAGAGAAUUAGUAGACAAUAUUGGUUUUUUAUUAAUUUCACAUCCAACCACAGAAACUACACUAAUAAAUUACAAAGAUCAUUUAUUAAUAUUUUUCAGUCAAAUUUUAACAAAUUCUUCAAGUAUUGAAAAAACCUUGAGGUGCAAAGUUAUUCAACAACUCAUAAACUUAAUCAAGAUUCCCCAUUUUUUAACUAAAACUAAUAUUGAAUUAAUUUUGGAUAUUUUUAAAAAUAUAAUUAUGGAAACAUCAUCACCUUCGGAUAUUGUAUUAAAAGAAAUCAUAAAAAAAUUGACUCCAUUAAUGGAAAACUCUCUGGUUUCUUUGUUGGUAAUUGAAUUCAUCAUAAACCCAGUUGUAAAUUCAUUACAGUAUGAUGAUUUGAAUCAAUUUAAAAUGAACUUAAAGAUCAUAAGUGAAUUAUGUGUAAAUUAUCAAGUAUUGGAAGUUUUAUUCAUUAGACUACUUAUUGAUUCAUUAACUGAUGACUAUUUACAAUUUGUAUUGAGUACACUUUUAGAAUUAUUUGAUAAAGUUCAAAAUAUAAAUCAAUUUUUAACUAAUCUGUGGUAUAAAAAUCUAAUUCCAAAAUUGUUGAAUAAAACCAACGAAAAUGAAAAUUAUGUUAUUAUUGAAUUAAUUGGAGAUUUAGUAAGACAAAUUAUUAGAUUUAUUGAUAAAUCCAAACAUCAAUCUAUAUUAGAUGAAAUCCACAACAAAUACCAAAACUACCAACUUCAACCAACUGCAAAUAUAAGUAUUUAUUCAAAGUUACUAUCUGCUAUAGAUAAAUCGUGUACACUAAAAGUUGAUGAAGAUAUCAAACAAACAAUAACUACUAUUACAACACUAAAAGACAACUACUCAAGAGUUUUAUAUUUACAACAUCUUUGUUUAUUAGUUAAUAAAUUCGAAAACACAUAUGAACCAGAACUAAUUACAGAAGAUUUAAAUUUAUUUGAAAUUUACUUAUGGUCAAACAAGGGAUUGAUUAUGAAGUUGGAUAAAGUUGGAAUUGACAAUUUGGUUCAUCAAUUAGAGCUUUACCAAAGUACAAAAAAUGAGUUAUUUAUUAACUCUGUAUUAAUUUAUUUUCAUGAUCAAUCAAUCUUUAAAAAUCCACAACAACCAAAGAAAUUAAUAUCACAUGUCAAUAAUUUAAACGUGAAGCUUUUGUAUAAGCAACAGAUUUUUGAAAUUGUGUUUCCAUAUUUGUUAAAGGACUCACAAUUUGAAAUUUUAUCAAAAAUACUUAUACAAUUGUCCACUAAAAUAAUAAGUUCAAAUCUCACAAAGUUUUCACAAUUCAUCCUACACUCAUUCAACUCCAACAGUAUUAUUCAAAUAACAACUUCAUUGACAAUUCUUAAGAUAUUUAUAGAUGAAAAAAAUAAAUUUAUUCCAGAGAAUUUACCAAUUUUGAUUGACAACUUAAACAAGUUAAUUUUAAACAAAAACCAAGAAGUCAAGAUUUUAGCAUUAUCAGCUUUGUUUUCAAUAUUUAAAACUUAUGAGAUAGAGAUUGUUGAAAAAUUUAAAGAUCAAGUUUUGAAAAAUUUACAAAAUUGUCUUGAUGAUAAUAGUAGGAUUGUUAGAAAAUCCGCUAUUGAUUUAAGACAAUUUUUAUAUAAUUUAUAG